AUGUCAUCUUAUUAUUUUGAUACGACAACAGAUGAACAGAAGUACAAGGAGAAUGCGAAAGGGGCACAAAAAUUAUUGGAGCUAACGGUAUCGUCUGGUAGUAGAUGGGGCGGCGAGCAUCUGAAGGCGUGCCAUGUUGUCGUGAACAGUAAAGUCGGCGACUGUCUCCCGCUAUUGAAAAGUUACGAUCGUACCAUACGAAAAACGUUUGAACGGGGUAAAGGGAAUACACAUAUAGCAGCAUUCAUCCAAGACCUGGCCCCAAAACAUGAGAAUAUGCGGCAACACGCCCUUGUACGAGAACCAGAAGUGGGUGCGAGUUUGGCUCGAUUCUGGGCAGCGCUGAGGGACGUCAAAAAACUUAAGAGCGACGAGGAAAAACAGGAAUCUAAGCAGCGUACCUCUGGGCGGGUGAGAACACAGACAACCCAUGCAGGUUACGUGAACUCCGAGCUUAUCGCAAGCUCAAGUCAGGGCCACGAGGACAGCCCGAACUCUUCUUUCAGUACUUCAACAAGUUCAUAUACUCCUGCACAGAGACCUGCGACGCAGCUUCCGGUUGAGUUAUACACCGUCGAACUGGCUUUCGCCGCCAUCAAUCAUAUCCUCCUGUACACUCAAGACCCCAGCUUAGACACUCCCGUUGAGAUCCGCCAGCCCGAGAGGUGGUCUAUCCAGAUAACGAACAAACGCAUCACGGCAAUUGAUGACGGGGGAUUGACUCUGAUAAAGAAUGGAGGGGAAAAGACUGGAAAGUCGGUCGUCUUGAUAGAGGCGAAAAGACGACUCAAUGUGUGUGACAAGACCGACCGUCCAUCUGUGCCCGAUGAGCAACUCGGGCAGAUGGCUUGCGAGGCCAUUGCCGCACGAUCAAGUAUGCAAGGGGAUAAAGGGUCCGAUGACAUCUUCCUGAUCAACGCGACUCAGCAUUACAUGUGCUUCUUUCACUUUAACAUCACGGCGGACCAUCUCGAGGAUCUUGGGCAUGGGAGAAUCCCAGAUAACGCCAUCAAAGUCACAACGACACGUUGGUUCAAUUUGGAGAGCCCAACUGGAAGAAAGUGCAUUGUUAAGAAUGUACUACAACUGGCGGAGUACAUGGGACAAAUGGAAGGGGAAGAAAAGGAUCCGUUGCCUUUGCCUGACCUAUGA